GUUGUGUGCUGUAGAGUCAAUUCCGACUCAUUGCGACCCCAUGGAUUACAGCCUAGGAAACCCUGCAGGGCAGUCCUACUCUGUUUUAUAGGGCUGCUGAGUUGGAAUCUACUAAAAGACACACAGCGAGGCGGUCUUCAGCAAGAUUAGCUGCAUGCUGGCUGUUUCAUUUACAUUGGAAAACUAAUACACCCGAAUAAAUAAAAAUUUGGGAGGAUACUAAGCUUUAAGAAUAAUUGCUCUUUUAAGCUGUGUCUUUAACAGUAGCACAAAUUGGGAGCCUUUCAACUUAAUGUAUACUAAUGGAAGACUGUGCAGUUGAUCUAAUUUUGCUGUAUACAAAUGACUUAAUUAUUUAUUGUAGUAGAAACAGACCAGUUAACCUGGACAUGUUGGAUGAUACUUAGAGGUUUGCUUCAGGAAGAAAAACUUAAUUGUUCAUUAUCUUUUGUGAAGUUGAAGGUAGUAUAGGUAUUUUUCCUGCUCAGAAUUGGAGGUUUAAAAAACAAGGAAAUGAGUUGGACUCUCAAGGUAAUAUUGAACAUUUAGCACCAGAUUAAGCUUUUACAUUUGAUUCGGCUCAUCAGUUUAUGCUUUCUCUUCAUGUUACCUACUAUCUUUACUGUGAAACCAGGUUGCUGUCUCUACUGCUGGUUUGGCCUUCUGACAUUACCCUCAUCAUGCUGUAUAACUUUUCACAUGUAUUUGUUUUCGUAAGCUCCUUUACUGCAGUCCAUGUCUCAUCUAUAAAUCUGCCAUAGUGCCAGAGCUUAGAUACUGGGAGGUAAGCCAGUUGUUCUUUUCCGUACCUUUGUACCAGUUUUUGAGUCCCUGUCUUUAUCUUGCAGUAUGUUCACGCUGAUGCUCCUACCAAUAAAACCCUGGCUGGGCUGGUGGUGCAGCUUCUCCAGUUCCAGGAGGACGCCUUUGGGAAGCAUGUCACUAAUCCAGCCUUCACCAAACUCCCUGCAAAAUGCUUCAUGGAUUUCAAAGCUGGGGGUACUUUGUGUCACGUUCUUGGGGCUGCUUACAAGUAUAAAAACGAACAGGGAUGGCGGAGGUUUGACCUACAGAACCCAUCCCGAAUGGAUCGAAAUGUUGAAAUGUUUAUGAACAUCGAAAAAACAUUGGUGCAGAACAAUUGUCUGACCAGACCUAACAUCUACCUCAUUCCAGACAUCGAUCUGAAGUUGGCUAACAAAUUGAAAGAUAUCAUCAAACGACAUCAGGGAACAUAUACUGAUGAGAAGUCAAAAGCUUCCCACCACAUAUACCCAUAUCCUUCCUCACAAGAAGAUGAAGAGUGGUUGAGACCGGUGAUGAGAAAAGAUAAGCAGGUUCUAGUGCAUUGGGGGUUUUAUCCAGACAGCUAUGAUACUUGGGUCCACAGCAGUGAUGUUGAUGCUGAAAUUGAAGAUCCACCAAUUCCAGAAAAAUCAUGGAAGGUUCAUGCGAAAUGGAUUUUGGACACUGAUGUUUUCAAUGAAUGGAUGAAUGAAGAGGAUUAUGAGGUGGAUGAGAACAGGAAGCCUGUGAGUUUUCGGCAACGAAUUUCAACAAAGAAUGAAGAGCCAGUCCGAAGUCCAGAGAGAAGAGAUAGAAAAGCGGCAGCUAAUGCUCGAAAAAGGAAACAUUCACCUUCCCCACCCCCUCCUACACCCACAGAAUCACGGAAGAAGAGUGGGAAAAAAGGCCAAGCUAGUCUUUAUGGGAAGCGUAGAAGUCAGAAAGAGGAAGAAGAGCAAGAAGAUCUUACCAAGGACAUGGAAGACCCAACACCUGUACCCAACAUAGAGGAGGUGGUACUUCCCAAAAAUGUAAACCCAAAGAAAGAUAGUGAAAAUACACCUGUGAAAGGAGGAACUGUCGCAGAUCUAGAUGAACAGGAUGAAGAAACCGUCACGACAGGAGGAAAGGAAGAUGAAGAUCCUAGUAAAGGUGAUCAGAGUCGGUCAGUUGACCCUGGUGAAGAUAAUGUAACAGAGCAGACCAAUCACAUUAUUAUUCCCAGCUAUGCAUCAUGGUUUGAUUAUAACUGUAUUCAUGUGAUUGAACGGCGUGCUCUUCCUGAGUUUUUCAAUGGAAAAAACAAAUCCAAGACUCCAGAAAUAUACCUGGCAUAUCGAAAUUUUAUGAUUGAUACCUAUCGUCUGAAUCCCCAAGAGUAUUUAACCAGCACUGCUUGUCGGAGGAACUUGACCGGAGAUGUAUGUGCUGUGAUGAGGGUUCAUGCCUUUUUAGAGCAAUGGGGGCUCGUUAAUUACCAAGUGGAUCCUGAAAGUCGACCCAUGGCAAUGGGACCUCCUCCUACUCCUCAUUUCAACGUAUUAGCUGAUACCCCCUCUGGGCUUGUGCCGCUUCACCUUCGAUCACCUCAGGUCCCUGCUGCUCAGCAGAUGUUAAAUUUUCCUGAAAAGAACAAGGAAAAACCAAUUGAUUUGCAGAACUUUGGUCUUCGUACUGACAUUUACUCUAAGAAAACCUUAGCAAAGAGUAAAGGUGCUAGUGCUGGAAGAGAAUGGACUGAACAGGAAACCCUUCUGCUCCUGGAGGCCCUGGAGAUGUACAAGGAUGAUUGGAACAAAGUGUCAGAACAUGUUGGAAGUCGUACUCAGGAUGAGUGCAUCCUCCACUUUUUGAGGCUUCCCAUUGAGGACCCAUACCUUGAGAAUUCAGAUGCUUCCCUUGGGCCUCUGGCCUACCAGCCUGUCCCCUUCAGUCAGUCGGGAAACCCAGUCAUGAGCACUGUUGCUUUCUUGGCCUCUGUGGUAGACCCACGUGUGGCAUCUGCUGCAGCAAAAGCAGCUUUGGAGGAGUUUUCUCGGGUUCGGGAGGAAGUACCAUUGGAAUUGGUUGAAGCUCAUGUCAAAAAAGUGCAAGACGCAGCACGAGCCUCUGGGAAAGUGGAUCCCACCUACGGUCUGGAAAGCAGUUGCAUUGCAGGCACAGGGCCCGAGGAGCCAGAGAAGCUUGAAGGAGCUGAAGAGGAAAAGGUGGAAGCAGACACUGAUGGUCAGCAGCCUGAAAAGGUGAAGUCUGUCUAUUUGAGUUAUCCCACAACAGGAAAGCCACAAAGAACAUGCUUUUCAGAGCAUAACAGUACAGAAAACAAAGGCGAAAAUGAAAUGAAUGACGGUGAUAAAGCACAAGAUGGAGAAAAUGAAAAAAAUAGUGAGAAGGAACAUGAUAGUGAAGUUAGUGAGGAUAUUAAAUCAGAAGAAAAGGAAGCUGAAGAGAACAAAGAACUCACUGACACAUGUAAAGAAAGAGAAAGUAAUAUCGGGAAGAAGAAAGUAGAACAUGAAAUUUCUGAAGGAAACGUAGCCACAGCCGCAGCAGCUGCUCUUGCCUCAGCUGCAACCAAAGCCAAGCACCUGGCUGCUGUGGAAGAGAGAAAGAUCAAGUCCCUGGUAGCCCUCCUGGUUGAGACACAAAUGAAGAAACUAGAGAUCAAACUUCGACAUUUUGAAGAGCUGGAAACAAUCAUGGACAGAGAAAAAGAGGCUCUAGAACAACAGAGGCAGCAGUUGCUUACUGAACGCCAGAAUUUCCACAUGGAACAGCUGAAAUAUGCAGAAUUACGAGCCCGACAGCAAAUGGAACAGCAGCAGCAUGGGCAGAACCCUCAGCAGGCACACCAGCAUUCAGGAGGACCUGGCCUGGCCCCACUUGGAGCAGCAGGGCACCCUGGCAUGGUGCCUCAUCAGCAGCCCCCUCCCUACCCUCUGAUGCACCACCAGAUGCCGCCGCCUCAUCCGCCCCAGCCAGGUCAGAUACCAGGCCCAGGUUCCAUGAUGCCUGGGCAGUCCAUGUCAGGCCGCAUGAUUCCCACCGUUGCAGCCAAUAUCCACCCCUCUGGAAGUGGCCCUACACCUCCUGGUAUGCCUCCAAUGCCAGGAAACAUCUUAGGACCACGGGUGCCCCUCACAGCACCUAAUGGCAUGUAUCCUCCACCACAGCAGCAGCCGCCACCACCGCCCACAGACGGGGUUCCUCCACUUCCUGCUCCAGGCCCACCAGCCUCAGCUGCUCCCUAGCCUGCAAGAUAGAUGGAAUGUCCAUGCCCAGCACCACCAGCUGGAGUGGGGAUGACAAGACUUGUGCUCCUCAACUCCCUUGGGUUUCUUCAGGAUUUUUCUUCUCGCAGCCCCAAGCACGCGUCCUGUGUCUCUCUAUCCCUUCUCCCCUGAGCCCCCUCUGUGCUCUGACACCUCUUGUGUCAGGUCCUCAGCCAGAUCUCAAGGAGAAGCCUGUGGUGACAGUGUGCCCUAGUCAUCCUAAAAGUAACUGGCGUCUCCCCUGUCCUCGUGUAGCGGGUAGGUUGCCAGUUUCAUCUAUAGGUCCUGUCAACAUAGUAUGCUAUAAUUUUUGCUCUUCUGCAGUUUUUUCCUUUGUCUUUUGCAUCUAUUGAUAAUGCUUUUCACGAUCAUUAUCUUCUUUUUUCUUCUGUUGUCAUUAUUGUUUUAAAAAAGAGCAUCCUAAGUUAAUAGGAACCAAGAAAAAUGGUGAUGGGCAGGGGAUAGCCACAGGGGACAAACUUUAAGGCAUUAUAAGUGACCUUAUUUCUGCUUAUCUGAGCUAAGAACAGUGCUGAUGGUGAAAUCUCCUGAGACAUUUGCCACACUUACUCGCACCAAAAUUACAAGACAUAGGGAAGAGGGACCCCACUGAUUCUGUUCUCUUGUGAGGGUCUCCACCCUGCUGGCAGAACAUAUUACUUUAACUAGUACGUGGCAGGGGAGAGCACAAACAUAAGAACAAACCCACUCCUUCCCCAGGCCUGCUGGUUCUGGUUUUCUAUGCAGAUGAUUUGUUGGACUGGGGAUAGGUCUUUUGCUUUUCUGAGGGCAGCGUGAGCUUUUAGGGUUGGAGUUUGGGAAGGUCUGCCUUAGUCCCCUAGCCUAGCCACGAAAGGUUGAGGGGUCUAGGGCAAUGGCCACCCAGUGAAUCUAGCCUGUUAUUCAUUGCUUUGUAUGCAUUCUUUUUUUCUCCCUCUUUAAAAAACCCUUUAAAAAAAAAAAAGUAGAUAGUGCUAAACAUUUUAGCUUAUGGAACUUGGUUAUGAUGUCUGGGGGUGCAAGUCCCCAAACUACCUCUUGCAGUAGCCAGGGUGAGUGAAGCGGUACUAUAGGUUUGGAAUGGGAUUGGAGAAGUUGGGCAGGACCAGUGGCCUCUCGUACCUUCUCCUUUCCCUUUCUGAGCCCUCACAUUCCAUCUAUCACAGGGUUCUCAAGGAGAUGCUGGGGGAACCAAGGAGCUCACUUGGCAGUCAGAGCAUCAUGCUUGGAGGUUUGGGGUGCUCAGGCUGGGAGGGAAUGCCAUUCCAGAGGAAGAGCCGCAAACUGCCUUAAUUUGAGCCCAUUUCUAGCCCUGUCGCUGAGUGACUUGAGAGUUCUUGGUGUUCUCCUCUCCUUCCUUCUUCCCUGCCCUCUCUUCUCCCACGGGUGGGGAAAGGGUGUUUUUGGUAGAGCUUGGUUUCCAGAGCACCUGGCAUAUUCACUUCACAUUCUCGAGUGGCGGUUUCAUUAUUUAGAAUGCAGUAUGGAACAUCUUUUUCUAUAUAAUCUUUAAAGCUUUACAUGUGAAAAGGUGUAGGGAGGUGUUUCUAAAACACCUUAGAACUUUUUUCCUUAAUAUGAGAAAGCAAAAAAAAAAAAAAAAAAACCACAA